ACCCGUUAGCUCUCGGUGUACAGAGAAGAACCGGGGCUCGAGUAAACGAUGAAUAUAUCAUGAUAAACACACAAAGAUGCACAUCUACACUGGAUAAACAUGGAGAAGAUCGUCUGGUGGCUGUUUCUGGUGGCUACUGUUCGUCUCGCGUUAUCAGACUCAAACUCUCUGCAGUACCAUUAUACCACAAUCACACCAGGACAGCAUUUCCCAGAGUUCAUUUCAGUGGGUCUGGUGGAUGGAGAGCAGUUUGUUUACUAUGACAGUAACAUCACGAAGAAGAUCCCAAAGACUGAGUGGAUGGAGAAGAAUGAGGGUGAAGAUUACUGGAAUGAAGAGACACAGACCAGUCAGGAUCAUCAGGACAGGUUCAGACAUGACGUGAAGACUCUAAUGAAGCGCUUCAACCAGAGUGGAGGAGUUCACACACUGCAGCAGAUGUACGGCUGUGAGCUGGAUGAUGAUGGCACUAUUAGAGGACACUGGCUGUACGGCUAUGAUGGAGAAGACUUCAUCAGUCUGGAUCUGAACACUGAAACCUGGACUGCAGCUCAUCCUAAAGCUGUUAUUACCAAAAGGAGGUGGGAGAGUGAAGAUGAAGCUCUUCAUGUUAAAGCCUACCUGGAGAAUGAAUGCACUGCAUGGUUACAGAAGUAUGUGGGUUACAGCAGAUCCAGUCUGGAGAGGAAAGUCCCUCCUGAGGCGUCUCUGUUCCAGAAGGACUCUUCUUCUCCAGUGGUGUGUCAUGCUACAGGUUUCUUCCCCAAAGCAGUGAUGAUCUCCUGGCAGAAGAAUGGAGAGGAUCUGCAUGAGGACGUGGAGCUCAGAGAGACGCUACCCAACCAGGAUGGAACCUUCCAGAAGAGGAGCAUUCUGACUGUCUCGGCUGAGGAGCUGAAUAGAAAUCAGUACACCUGUGUCAUUCAGCACAGCAGCCUGGAGAAGAAGGUGGUGCUGCAGGUGUCUGAUCGCACAGGUGGAGGAUCUGCGGACACCAUUACUGGAGAUUAUCGGUUCAAUACUGGAAUUGCAGUCAUGGUUGUUCUUGUACUUCUCCUUAUCAUUGUUGCUGGAUUGUUUGUGUGGAGGUGGUGGAGAAAGAGGAGGAGGAGGAGACCUGGUGAGUCAGACAUGAACUUCCAGCCUGUCAGUAAACCCCAGUGACCCCUCUAAUGGAGAAGAAUCAUCCACCAACGUGUAAAGAGAGACUCACACUGGUUUGAGGCUGAGGCUGAUCCCUGAACACCUCCUCCUUAGUGAAGACCAAACAGCUCCUCUACUUCCUCAGGAGACUGAAGAGGGACAGCCUGUAAACACCCGUCCUCAACUUCUUCUACAGAAGCAUCACAGACAUCAUCCUGACCAGUCCAGCACUGUCUGGAAUGGAAACUGCUCCAUCUCAGACAGAUAAACACUGCAGCUUCAGUGAAGCUCACACACACACACACACACACACACUUGUAGUUGCCCCAAAGUGUAAAAGCCCAGGGAGACUGAGGACCAUGGUUUCUGCUGCAUCUAGAGACGAGCUGUUGAGUGUUGAGCCACUAGAUGUCGCCCACAUGCGGGGUGUCACUUGAAAUUGAGUGAAUAGUAGAAUUACCGAAAAAGUUUUGUACCGCUAAACUGAGGACCGCUGGGCUCAAACAACAUCAUCUGGAUGGAAUAUUACUUUUAAACGCCCAGCGCCUCCAACUACUGCAGAUACAUUAUUUUAAUCAGACUGUGUUUGUGAACUGACUUUAACAGUCCUGUGUUUCCAGAUUAAAUAAUAAAAGUCAUGGCUAAGAGUGAUUAUUAAA